AGUGGGAGGCUGGUGAGGAGGGAUGUAGCCCAUCGCCAGGAGCUGGAAGGUGGGAAGCCAGAGGACCGGCUCCCAGGGAGGUUAUAAAAGGCAGGAGCCGGUCGCUGAACAAAGGGGAGAGCGAGAGGUCUCUGCCCGCCUCCGCGCAGCCCCGCCGGGACCCGGACACUCUCCUUUGCACGAAGCCCCGAGGAUUUUAUCCCCGACGGCAGAGAGAGCCCGGCAGGAGUGGGGACCGCUGCCAGCCAUGCCCCGGCGAGCUGGGCACAGUGGGAGUUAAGGAUGGUGCCCAGCCUACGUCCUGCCCUCCUCCUCCUCCUGCAGGCGUUUCUCCUCUGGGAUAGCCCAGUGGCAGCCUCCAUCCAGGAGCAGUACUGCGAGAGCCUGCCGCCCAUCACCAACCACACGGGUCCCCAAUGCAACGCCUCGGUAGACCUGAUCGGCACAUGUUGGCCCCGGAGUGCGGUGGGACAGCUGGUAGCUCGCCCCUGUCCUGAGUAUUUCUACGGCGUGCGGUAUAACACCACGAAUAAUGGCUACAGGGAGUGCCUCGCUAACGGGAGCUGGGCAGCACGAGUCAACUAUUCCCAGUGCCAGGAGAUCCUCAGUGAAGAGAAGAAGAGUAAGCUGCAUUACCACAUCGCCGUCAUCAUCAACUACCUGGGGCACUGCGUCUCGCUGGGGGCCCUCCUUGUGGCCUUUGUGCUCUUCAUGCGCCUGCGGAGCAUCCGGUGCCUGAGGAACAUCAUCCACUGGAACCUGAUCACAGCCUUUAUCCUACGCAAUGCCACAUGGUUUGUGGUGCAGCUCACGAUGAACCCAGAGGUGCAUGAGAGCAACGUGGUCUGGUGCCGCUUGGUCACUGCUGCCUACAAUUAUUUCCACGUCACCAACUUUUUCUGGAUGUUCGGUGAGGGUUGCUACCUGCACACGGCCAUCGUGCUCACCUACUCCACAGACAAGCUCCGCAAGUGGAUGUUCAUCUGCAUUGGCUGGUGUAUCCCCUUUCCCAUCAUCGUCGCCUGGGCCAUCGGGAAGCUGUACUACGACAACGAGAAGUGCUGGUUUGGGAAGCGAGCAGGAGUUUAUACCGACUACAUUUACCAAGGCCCCAUGAUCCUGGUGCUUCUGAUCAACUUCAUCUUUCUCUUCAACAUCGUCCGAAUCCUCAUGACGAAGCUCCGAGCUUCAACCACGUCAGAGACAAUCCAGUACAGGAAAGCAGUCAAGGCCACACUGGUGCUGCUGCCCUUGCUGGGAAUCACCUACAUGCUGUUCUUUGUCAACCCGGGUGAGGAUGAGAUCUCCAGGAUUGUCUUCAUCUACUUCAACUCCUUCCUGGAGUCCUUCCAGGGCUUCUUCGUCUCUGUCUUCUACUGCUUCCUGAACAGCGAGGUCCGAUCAGCUGUACGGAAGCGGUGGCACCGAUGGCAGGACAAGCACUCCAUCCGUGCCCGCGUGGCUCGGGCCAUGUCCAUCCCCACCUCCCCAACCCGUGUCAGCUUCCACAGCAUCAAGCAGUCCACGGCUGUCUGAGCCGGGAGUGAGCUGCUGUACGGGAUGGGGGAGCCGGUGUCCCCACUGUGUGGGACCCCUGACAUGGCACAGCACAGGAGACGGGUCCUGCCUGCACCCACCAGU